AUGACCAGAACUAUCCAUAUGAACUUAAUUGUUGCCGUGGAUGAUUGUGGUGGAAUUGGACGAAAUGGUGGCUUACCAUGGAAUCUACCGGCAGAAAUGGCUCGGUUUUCUAAGCUGACUACAUUAACAAGAGAUAGCAGGAAGAAAAAUGCUGUGAUAAUGGGUCGAAAGAUGGAAGAAGUGACAGACGAGAAUAUAAUAGUGGCUCGAAGUUUUGAAAGUGCAGUCAAUUUACUGCAGGAUAUGGAGAAUAUCGAGACGAUAUGGAAUAUUGGUGGUCGGGAACUGUACAUCACCCGUGUGGAGGGCGAUUUUUCGGCUGAUGUCUUUUUUCCUGAAGUUAAUUACGAUCGCUUUAUAAAAUGUGAAGAAUCAAAAGAAGUGCAGGAGGAGAAGAGUAUUAAAUAUCGGUAUGAAACAUAUACUGUUAAAACAGAUGCAACUGCUUAA